AUGUCACGCACAGAUCGUAAUUUAAAUUUUAAUGAUAUUUGGAUGAAAAUAUCUGAAGGUCUUGAACAUAUUUAUCGAAAUCAAGAAAUGUUGCUUGAAUCUUAUCUGCACCUUUAUGCUGUGGUUUAUAAUUAUUGUACUAAUUCUCAACCACAAAGCGAUGGAUCAGAAAUACGUGGAACACUCACUCAAAAUAAUCGACAAAAUAAUGUACAUGAUGGAGUUAAUCGUGUUGGUGGAGAACUCUAUACCAAAUUGAAAAAUUAUUUAAAAAAUUAUUUGAAAGAAUUAUUUGAAAAAGCACGUAAUUAUCAAGGCAAAAGUUUACUUCAUUUCUAUAUCACAAGCAUGGAGAAUUAUCGAUUUUCAAGUAAAGUAACAAACGGCUUUUGCCACUAUCUGAAUCGACAUUGGGUACGACCAGAAUAUGAUUCAGGAAGAAGAGAUGUUUAUGAAAUUUUCACCAUGGCGAUGGAAAUUUGGAAACUUGUGUUGUUUCAACCAUUGCAAAGUCAACUAACAUCAGCAUGUCUUCAAUUAAUCAAUGACGAACGUCAAAAUGAAAUUAUUAAUACUCGAUUUAUUCGUGCAGUUGUACAAAGUUAUAUCGAACCUGACUUAAAUGAAGAUUCAUUUGUACCAAAUUAUAGUCAUCAAAAGACAUCUCCAACAUUGAAAAUGUAUAAAGAGUACUUUGAAGUACCAUUUCUUCAAAAUACAGAACAAUUUUAUCAUCAGGAAGCAGCUAAUUUUCUUUUUCACAACUCUGUAGAACAACGUUUUCAAGAAGAAACAUAUCGAGUAGAAUCGUAUUUACAUCCAUCAACAUUAACACCAUUAAUGAAAAAUCUUGAACGAGUACUCAUUCAUGAGCAAGUUGAAGAAAUCUAUACUCAAGCAAAAGCACUUUUACACGUUGAAAACUAUUCAGGUAUAUAA